AUGCGUUUACAUAAGCUUCUUUUUCUUAUAUUUUUGGUCGUCUAUUUCAUUGCCGGCCUUGUCUUACUUAUUACAGGCAGUGUAGCUCACCGACAAGCAUCUAAAUAUGCUGAAAUUACUGGCAGCUCGAUCAUCUCUGGCGCUGGCUUUGUCAUCGCGAUAGGUGUUUUCAUUAUCGUCCUAUCAAUUCUCGGUCUUGUUGGUGCCAUUCAAAACCGUUUACAAUUGUUACAAAUCUUCAUUGGUUCAUUAUGUAUCAUCAUCUUACUUCAAUUAAUCGCCGCUAUCGUUGGAUUUACACUUCGUGGCAAAGCUGAUUCUAAAUUACGUCAAAGAUUAACAGAAUCGAUGCCCAAAUAUUUUCAGAAUGAUCAUAAUGUCGUCGAAGAAUGGAAUCGUCUUCAACAAAAAUGGAGCUGCUGUGGUAUUAAUGGUCCCGCUGAUUGGAACAUCACAACUAGUAGAGCACCACCAUCAUCAUGCUGUUUGAACAAUGUCUGUACACCCCUUCCUACAACUGGUGUCUUGCCUUAUUUUGAUCAAGGUUGCUAUCAAUAUGCUAAUGCUUUAUUCUAUCGAUACUCCGCAGCAUUGGGUGGCGUUUCUCUCUUCUUCUUUUUUGUUGAAAUCAUCGGAUUAAUCUUGGCUGUCGUUGUUUUACGAGACUUAAAGAAUAAUUACGGAAGUGUUUAA